AUGUCAAGAAUUGACUGCGCUUUCAUCAAUUCAGCAUGGCUAAAUAUCAUGGCUAGUUUUCGAGUACAAUUCCUACUAGAAAAUAUUAGUGAUCAUUGCCCUUUAAAAUUGACUCCAUAUAGUGCACAAAGGAAGAACAAGGAUGCUUUCAAGUUUUGUAAUGUGUGGUCCUCACAUCCAGAUUUUUUGGAGGUAGUUAAGGAAGGCUGGACGCAAUCAAUCCAGGGGUGCAGCAUGUUUCAAGUUAUGAAGAAGAUGAAAUUGUUGAAUGUUAAAUUUAAAAGUUUCAGUAGAAGAUAUUUUAGUGACAUUGUAGCAAGGGAAGAUGAAGACAGGUUAGCACUUGCAAAGAUACAAUCAGAAUUGCAUAGAAAUCCUCUUGAUACUAGGAUUCAACAGGUAGAGAAUGAUCUCUUUCAAAGGUUCAAGAGGUCAUCCGAUCUUGCUAAGUUCUUCAGUAGAAUGGUGACAGAUCAACAAGAGAUAGCAGAUGUAUUUGUAGAAUAUUACCAGGUGCUACUAGGGACUAAAGGGGGUAACAGAAUAGCAGCUUUUCAGAGCUUUAUGAAAAAUGGACAUACUUUGACUACAUCACAACAGCUAAAGCUGGUGAGGCAAUACACAGCUGCUGAAGUCAAGAAGCAAUAUUUAGCACUGAGGAAACUAAGAGUCCAGGUAAUCAGUAAGAGACUCAAGGAAGCACUUUAUGCCUUGGUUGCUGACAACCAAGCUGCGUUCAUUGAAGGGAGAUCUCUCCUACACAAUGUACUAAUAUACCAUGAUUUGUUGAGAUACUAUAAUAGGAAGACUACACCUAGGUGUUUAGUGAAAAUUGAUCUUAAGAAGGCAUAUGAUAUGGUUAGCUGGGAUUUUUCAGAAGAGAUACUCAGAUGUUAUGGAUUUCUUAUACCAUUUAUAAAGCUCAUUAUGGUAGGUGUAACAUCAACUUCUUUCACUAUCAAGGUUAAUGGAGAAGGCUAUGGAUAUUUUAAAGGAAAGAGAGGGCUCAGACAAGGAGACCGUAUGUCUCUUCUCUUUGUGUUGGUUAUGGAAUAUCUGUCAAGAGUUCUAAGGCAAAUGGGUGACCUGCCAGACUUUCAAUAUCAUCCUAUGUACAAAAGCACUAAGCUAACUCAUCUUAUUUUUGCAGAUGACUUAAUAUUGUUCGUUAAAGGCACCAUAAAGUCUAUAUACAGAAUGAUGGAAGCUAUCAAUCAUUUCAGUGGCCAACCUGGACAAAUCACACAUAUUUUUAGCUCGGAUAGAAGAGGAUUUGAAAAAGGAAAUCUUGGAUACUAUUGGAUUUUCUCUUGGCUCAUUACCUAUGAGGUCAUCAAUGCUGUGCUUUUUUCUGUGUAUAACUUUUGGGGAGCUGUUUUUAUACUCCUUCAAACUGUGUCUAAAGCAAUAGAUAGGAAGUGUAGGGAUUACUUAUGGGGCAGCACUGAAGAGCAUAGGAAAAUGUCUUUGGUUGCUUGGAAAAAAGUCCGUCAACCAAAGAAAUUUGGAGGACUUAAUAUCAAAGGAUGCAAGCAAUGGAAUGUGGCCUCUAUAGGUAAGCUAUUAUGGCAAUUGACUUGUAGAGACAUAUGGGCUCAUAAGCCACCUAUGGAUUAUAGCUGGUAUUGGAAGAAGUUGAAUGAACUAAACGAAAAGUUGGCACAGUGGUACACGGGCAACAUUUAUAAUCUGGCAAGUAGUGGCGUUUACUCUAUUUCAUGCAGCUACAUUGCUAUGGCUGAUUUGAGUACAAGGUUGCGAGAGGCAGAGCUGAUUUGA